AUGGCUGCAUACAAAGUCUCCAUGAAAGCCAUUGACGAAGAGUUCGAACGUCUCAUGAAAAUCCGACAAAUUGAACUCGCCAUAGAAGACCGAAAAUUUCUCAAGACUGCCUGGGACUCGCUGGCAUCGAAGACUCUGGUAGACCUUCGAGGACCUAUGAACAGAUCGCUUAUCCACUACGCGUCCAUGGGUGAUUGCUCCGAGCUCAUAAGAUACCUGCUGCUCAGCAACGUAGCAGUGGAUGCGCGUGACCGGAACAAACGGACUCCUCUCUCGUGGGCUGCAGAGUAUGCUUCUUUGAAUGUUGUGAAAAUUCUCUUGCUCAAUGGAGCAGAAAUAAAUUCAACCGAUGACAUGUACACUACACCAUUAAGUUGGCUGCUAGGAGCAGGACCAUUGAAUAAGAGCGCUGAAACAGAAGCUUAUUUGAGAAAGAUGGGAGGGAAAGAAAAGGGGAUGAAGCGACGGUGGAUUCUGAAGAAAUUGCACUUGUUCUGA